AUGCCUCCAACUCCCAUCCCAGCUCAAGCUCCCGCCCCGGUCAUCUCGAGCAUACCAAGUCUGUUAACCAGCGGAAAGUGGAGCGACCUGCUCCUCGAAUGCGACAACCAUUCAUGGCAAGUCCACAAGUUCGUGCUCUGCACGCAGUCCAGCUUCUUCACGAAAGCGUGCGAGGGUGAUACUUGGGAAGAGGCGAAGAAUAGUAAAGUGACGCUGCCAGACGACCACUCCGAAGCUGUCGACGCCGUGCUGCAAUACCUGUACACAUCCAGCUACCAAUACAAACGCAGCAAGACCGGCACUGAUCGGACCGUCGCCCCGUUCUUCUGGACGUCCUCGUCCUCCCAGCGCUUCUGCGAUCGUCUCGUCCAGAGACCUUCUCAAAUGACAGAAGGAACUCAGUUGUGGAAGACCCCUGCCUUCGCGGACGCCAUUCGCGAGCUAUACCUGAACGCUGCGGACACAGAUCGCCAGAUGCACCAAGCUGUCGUGCACGUGAGCGCGCAGUACGCGAAAGGCCUGCUGACGUCGAGCUACGGGACUGAUUUCAGGAGGGUGGUGGACGACGUCAAGACGUUUGGGACGGAGAUCCACAUGGCGGCGCUCCUUCUCUAA